UGAAGAAAGACCACUCGCUUAUAAAAUAGGAUCAAAAUAUCAAUACGAGUGGAUCUAACAUCAUUCAUCGCCUAAAAAUGUCACAACUAGCUGUUACGAGUGUGUCAGCUCCACAAAAUGCCGUCGACACCAAACGACCUAUUCCUUAUAGGAAUCUGGCGGUCGGAGCGUUCAUGAACAUCUUCCAAGUUACCUCUCUCGGCCAGCCUAUGGAAGUCCUCAAGACUCAUUUGGCUGCCAACAGGAAGGAUACACUGCUUCAGGCAGUCCAAAAGACGUGGACCCGUGGUGGUGUGCGUGCCUUUUAUCAAGGGCUUAUCCCAUGGGCGUGGCUAGAAGCAUCUACCAAGGGUGCCAUCUUGGUCGUAGUAUCAAGCGAGGUUGAGUAUCAUGCCAGAACCAAAUUUAGUGCUUCGCCUACAUUAUGUGGCGUCUUGGGUGGUAUUGGUGGCGGUGUUGCACAAUCCUAUCUUACGAUGGGAAUGACCACGUGCAUGAAAACAGUCGAAGUCACUCGCACAAAAGUCGCCGCUGAGGGUGCUAGGGUUCCUGGAACAAUGGAGACCUUUUUCAACAUUAUCCGUGAAAAGGGGAUUCGAGGUGUGAACAAGGGCGUUAAUGCUGUGGCAUUGCGACAAGUGACCGGUUGGUCGUCCAGGAUUGGUAUCUCCCGUUUUGCCGAGGAAAGUAUCCGAUCAAUAAAUGGAAAGAGUAAGGAAACAAAGCUCCAGUUUGGCGAGAAAAUCUUAGCUUCCACAAUUGGUGGUGCGCUUAGUUGCUGGAAUCAGCCAUUCGAAGUCCUCCGCGUGGAAAUGCAAUCUAUGAAGAAUGACCCCAGUCGCCCAGCAUCUCCAACCAUGCUGUCCACAUUUAAGCACAUUCUUGCCACCUCUGGUAUCAAGGGUUUGUUCCGUGGUGUUAUUCCCCGCAUUGGAGUUGCAGCAUGGGCUACGGUAUGUAUGGUGGGAUUCGGAGACACUGUCAAGGAGAUGUUAGCAAACAAGUGAUUAGCGACGAACUAGAACGUAU